CAAGGAAGGACUAAAACCAUGGGUGCAAAAGCGAGACACCCACUUCGCAGUCCCUUCACCCUGUCAUCCCCUCGGGAAGGUCAAAGUGCCUUUUAGCCCGAGUAUGGCCCUAAAUGACUUCGUCACACCUUCAUGAGGUCACAAGCAGUCACUAGCUCAGAGAGGUGAGGCGAAUUCUGAGCGAAAGAAACCAGGCGGGGCUGAGGCCAAGGAGAGGUUGGACUGUGUCCUGCAUGUUCCUAACACGGAGGAUUUUGUACCUAACUUCAUGUCGUCCGAAAUGGCUGCAUCCCGUUGUCUCUGCUGCUCAAAAUUUUUCCAGAGACAGAACCUUGCCUGUUUCCUCACAAACCCACACUAUGGCAGCCUGAUUAAUGCAGAUGGCCAUGGUGAAGUGUGGACCGAUUGGAAUGAUAUGUCCAAGUUUUUUCAGUAUGGAUGGAGAUGCACCACUAAUGAGAAUUCCUAUUCAAACCGUACUCUGAUGGGCAACUGGAACCAAGAAAGAUAUGACCUAAGGAAUAUUGUGCAGCCCAAACCCUUGCCUUCCCAGUUUGGGCACUACUUUGAAACAACGUAUGAUGCAAGCUACAACAACAAAAUGCCACUUUCAACCCAUAGAUUUAAGCGAGAGCCUCACUGGUUCCCAGGACAUCAACCUGAACUGGAUCCUCCUCGAUACAAAUGCACAGAAAAGUCAACUUAUAUGAAUAGCUAUUCAAAACCUCAAAUUGGGCAUCACCCUGCGUGUAUAUGGGAUCCUAAUAUUGACUAAUUUCAGGGUCCAGGAUUCUUAAGAAGCUUAAUUUUUCCACAGUAGACUGUAUUAGGGAGCACAUUCUAAGCAUAAGUAAAAAUUUAGCUCACUGUAAUACUAUUUCACUCUCUGAAUAAAUGAAGCAAAAAACACAG